ACUGAACAUCUAAGUGUCUGGCUGGCUAGCAGAUUCAGGGGGUCUCGGAUAGACAUCUGGCUUUAGAAAUAAGGCUUGUGCAGUUACUUCAGCAUGUUAAGACCUCCUGUCUUCAGCAGCCAAUAUAAGGAGGAAAAGAAGAAGGAGGCGACUCUGUAAAACAGGCAGAGCACUCACUGAGAGCUCAUAUCUCAGCCAGCCACUGCAGUCGCUCCUUCAUUACAACGGGUCAAGAUGGGCCUUCAGCAUGGACGAGGAAAUUGACUUUUAUAAGCAUUUCACUUGGCUUAAAAAGGUUAACCUCCAGUGCUCAAGCAACAAUGAGACCUAUCAAGAGCGGCUGGCGAGAUUAGAAGGCAACAAAGAGUCUCUGGUUCUCCAGGUGAGUGUUCUCACUGACCAGGUUGAAGCUCAAGGGGAAAAGAUCAGAGAUCUGGAAAGUUCCCUGGAAGAACACCACCACAAACUCAUUUCUACUGAGCAAAUGCUUCAACAGGAGCUCCUUAGACGAACCUCACUGGAGACACAGAAACUGGAACUCGUGGAUGAAGUUUCCUAUCUGAAACUCAAGCUAGUCGGCAUGGAGGAGGAACACAACCACAAUGAUGAACAGGAGAAACAUAAUAAAGCUGAGAGUGUGGUUAAUCUAAUUAGUGAACUACAGGAGCAGAUGUGUAAAUUCCAGGAGGAAAUCAGCAAUCGUAUCCAGGAGCAGCGAGCUCGGGAGAGCCUGGGCGAGAAUGGCACACGCGAGGCUCUCGACCAGAGCCCCGAUGUGGGCCUUGGUGCCUCUGAUGCUGAGGAAUGCAGCUGCCACUGUAGAAGUGGAGGAGAGAAUGCUUUGUUACAAGAGCUUCACCUUCUUAAGAGCAAAGUUGAAGAACUGGAGGGUGAGAAAUCACAAUAUGAAAGGAAGCUCAAAGCCACUAAGACUGAGAUUGGCAAACUCCAGCAGCUGCUUGCUACGAAGAAUGCUGAAAUUGAGUGUUUACAGAAUCAGCUUCUGUCCCAAGGAACCAUCAACGAUGACAUCACAGAGAGAGAUCAAGAGCUGCAGAGGUUAAAAACUGGAAUGGAGAUGCUAAUAGCUGCCAAUAAUGAAAAGGAUCGACACAUAGAGGAACUCAAUCUUCUGUUGGUCCAGUACAGAAAAUUAAAGGACAGCUUAGCCCUUUCUCAAGUGACCAACAAUAUGUUGCUGUCUGGCAGCAGUGAGGAGGAUCUUAAUGGCACUCGAAAAAUAAAAACCCUGACGCAUAAAGCAUACUCUGACAUUGUCAGACCGGAGCUACAGAUGUCUUCCCGAGACCCGUCGCCACUCCUGGUGUCUACAUGUUUCCAGAGGGAGCUGGACUCCAGCUUUCGCAGUAUUCUGCCCUCUAUGGAGACCUCGAUGGUAUCCAUUGGCCACUUGGGCUUUUACAGCAGACAAUGGUCAAUACCACGGAUGCUGUCCACCAGCUUAGAAGAACUCCAAAGUGGAAGUUUACAGAUGCAUGUAGUGGGCCAACCAGUAGAGGCUGUUUUAGAGAACCGAUAUAAAUCUGAAAAUAACAAAUAUCAGACGCUUCCGGGCAAGUUUAGUCGUCCAGAGCAGAAUGGAGUGAGACUGCAGCCGUCUUCCCCACUGCAACUGUCUCCUGAUGAAAGUGAAGGCAGCGAAUUCAACCUGAGAAAGGCAGAGAAGACGGAUGAUUCGACCUUGUCUGACCUUUCACCCAUGUCGUCUGGACUAGAAUCAGGUCAGCAGUCUCCUGUUUCACCAGAGCACAAGAAGAACCAGAAAGGCAUUCGUAAAAAACUGUGGGGAAAGAUCAGGAGAACACAGUCAGGUGGUCUUCCUGCAGACGAAUCUGAUUCUGACUUCAAGCGAGGGGGUUUCAGGGCCACGGCCGGCCCUCGACUCACCUGCCUGAGCACCAGCACCUCAGCACGUGACAGGAACAUCCCCUUCUCAAAAUGGUCAUGUGAUCAGGUGUGUGCAUGGAUGGAGGAGUUUGGUCUGGUUCAGUACGUGAAUAUGGCCAGACAGUGGGUCACCAGCGGUCAGACUUUACUCUCCUCGCAGGACAUUGAGAAGGAGCUGGGCAUUAAACAUCCACUUCACAGGAAGAAGCUCCAGCUGGCUCUGCGCUCCUUCAGCACCAAAAUCACAGAGAAAUCCUCUGAACUGGACCACAUCUGGGUCACGCGGUGGCUGGAUGAUAUUGGUUUACCACAGUACAAAGACCAGUUUAGCGAAGGACGUGUGGACGGUAGAAUGCUGCAGUACUUGACAGUGAACGAUCUGCUGUUUCUGAAAGUCACCAGUCAGCUGCAUCAUCUUAGCAUCAAGUGUGCUAUCCACGUCCUACAUGUUAACAAGUUCAACCCCAGCUGCCUCAAAAGAAGACCUGGAGAUGAGAAUAAGACAUCGCCUUCUGAGGUUGUUCAGUGGUCCAAUCACCGUGUGAUGGAGUGGCUCAGAUCAGCUGACCUGGCAGAAUACGCUCCCAACCUGAGAGGCAGCGGAGUGCAUGGAGGACUCAUAAUCUUGGAACCUCGUUUUAACUCGGACACACUUGCGAUGCUCCUGAACAUCCCCCCUCAGAAGACUCUGCUGAGGAGGCAUCUGGCCACUAAUUUCAACAUGCUGGUGGGCUCUCAGGCUCAGCAGGAGAAACAAGAGUAUCUGGAAUCAUCAGGAUACACGCCGCUAACAACCACUGCUAAAGUCCGGCCACGUAAAAUAGGUUUCUCCAGUUUUGGCCACCGUAAGAAGCGUGCUGAGGACUCCACUGACUACAUCUGCCCUCUGGACGCUUCACCACCCCAGGCCCUGCUCAAUGGGGCCAACCAAGCCUACAGCGGCAUCAGGGGUCUGAGCCCCACCUUUGACAGGGACCCACCAAGACGGGAGCAGAUGUUGCACACUAAAGAAUCAGUGACGCAGGUCGAGGCCUUUUCAAGGGGAAUUAACAACCUCACAGACUCCAAAGAGGAGAAGAAAACUCAGACCACAGGUUCACUCUCAACCAAUACCAAAGAAAGAAUAAUAUUGUUUAUAAGGGAAACCACACUUUGAACUAGACCGGCUGGACUGAAGCAAACAGAUCUCCAGUAAGCCAAAACCAGCAUUUUCAGAACCUUAUGGGCUAAACCCAACAAAACAACCUCGCCAGACCUCAUCCAGAACAAAGGAGUGUCUGCUUUUCAGGGAACCGAAGAACAAGUUCCACCCAAGUCCUUCAACCCGGAGUGACAUCUUUCUGAUGACCUACUUCAUCCUGCACAGCAGCAAUCUUACCGACAUGUUCAACUGCACGGCAAUGACCCCAGAACAGAAGAUCCGGCUGGGUGCCCACUGGGUCUGGGAUCAGCCGAGCAAGAACCCCCAUAUCCAGAUGGUGGCCCAGGUUCUCUUAUAAUGCCUCUCUGUGCAGUGGUCACUGGUCUAUUAAAACGCACCACAUAUUAAAGUUUCUUUGGAGUUUCCAUAUGUUUUAUUCAAAACAAAACUUGAAAUCGAGGGAUUGUGAGGUCAUUGGCAGGCGACACAUUGACACUCUGGACACGGUCAAAAAUUAGUUCAGAUACACUAGUUAAAAUAUGCUCAUUUCUCUGGAUUUAGACAUUCUUCAAAACAUUUGGGAUAUGCAAGUCAGCAAAAU